CAGAUUUCGGAGGCCAGAAUAGAUUACGAGAUAAAAAUCAUCAUUCGGCUCAACUUACAAUGGUUUUCCCGGUGGGCAGCCAGCAAACCGGAAUCGUCGGGACGCCCAUCAAUCACUGUCUCACUCUACUCAUUCGGUCGUGGCAAUGGCCCAUUGGCAACACCAGAAAUUCAGGAACAGAACUCAAUUCUGUUGUGUUAUAAUAUUCGCCAUCUUCUAAAUCCACCGCGAAAUCUACGUAUCAUGACAACUGGGCUGUCGCCUCGGCUACGGAAGGAAUUUCUGAAAAAUGAAAUCGUGGGAAGUUUCCUUGAAAGAACACAGGGUGGGAUAGUCAACUCACUAAAGACAUCUUGGGCUAGUUCUUUCAGAGAACCAAAAAGUCAUGGCAAUGAUACUCACCAGAAACCCAAUAUCUCACUUGUUGUGACUGUGUGUUGUGAGGAGGGCCGCCACCGGAGUGUUGCUUUUGUGGAAGAAUUAGCGAAAAGACUUUCAUUGCUAAGAGAUGGCGCUGAUAUGUCUAAUUCCUGGAAACUGAGUGUUACUACUUUCCAUCGAGACCUGGAAGCCUUGGGGUCUGUCUCCAAUGGUUCGGACAUGAUAGUAAGUCAACACGUAGGAAAAUCCUCUGCUGAAAGUAAACGAGAGAAAGGAAAUUAUGCAAGAAGGCUCAAUCAGAAGAACAGGAAUAGAUAUGAGGAUGUGAUGGUGCAAUGA